AUGAUUAAAACAGAUAUGAAUUGUAUAAGAAAUGAUAGAAAAGAAACAUCACCAAUCGGAUUAAAUAAUGAUUAUAGUGCUGAAGGAUAUGAACCUUUUUUACAAAAAUAUUUUAGAACAGAAACAGAACAAAGUAAUAAUAAUAAUUCAACAUUUAAUCAUUCAUCAAAUCCACCUUCUAUUCCAUCUACACCAACAAAACAUUUUCAUCAAAUUUUAUUUAAUGAAGAUUAUUUAAGAUUAUCACAAGAUCAAACAGGAAGUAGAACUGUUCAACAUAAAAUAGAAACAUCAACAACAGAACGAGAUAUAAUUUUUGAUUCAAUAGAAAAAGAAGCAGUAACACUUUCUAAAGAUGUUUUUGCUAAUUAUGUUAUUCAAAAAUUAUUUGAAUUUGGUGUAUUUUGGCAAAAAAGUCAAUUAAUUAAACGAUUAACAGGAUCAUUUGUUGAAUUAUCAUUACAUAUGUAUGGAUGUAGAGUAGUACAAAAAGCAAUAGAAUUUGUAGAUGAUAUUGAUAAAAGAAUCAUUUUUAAUGAAAUAGAAGAUAAUAUUAUUGCAUGUAUUCAAGACCAAAAUGGAAAUCAUGUAAUUCAAAAGUGUGUUGAGAAAGGAGACUUAAAAAUUAUUGAUUCAAUUAUUUUUGCAUUUAAAGGAAGAGUAUUAGCAUUUUCACAACAUCCAUAUGGAUGUAGAGUAAUUCAACGUAUUUUAGAAAAAAUACCACCUGAAAAAAGUUAUCCAUUGUUAGAAGAAAUUCUUCCUAAUACACUUGAAUUAUCUAAAGAUCAAUAUGGUAAUUAUGUUAUUCAAUAUAUUGUUGAAAAAUGUCCAUCUGAAAGAAAUAAAAUUAGAAAAGCAUUACAAGGAAAUAUUGCAUUAUUAUCUAUGCAAAAAUAUUCUUCUAAUGUCAUUGAAAAAUGUUUUAUGUGUGCUAAUCUUAAAGGAAGACAAGAAAUUUUAAAAGAAAUUUAUGGAGUUAAAAAAGAUGGUGCUCCUUUAUUAAUGAUGAUGAGAGAUCAAUAUGCCAAUUAUGUAGUUCAAAAAAUAAUAGAAAAUGUUAGUGAUGAAGAUCGUGAAUUUAUGGUAAAUAAUGUGGUUUUACCACAAAUUAAUUCUUUAAGAAAAGUACCUUAUGCUAAACACAUAUUGGUUUUAUUACAAAAUUAUGGUGUUGAUGUGUAA